AUGGAGGUUAUGGUUGGUUCGCCUUUUGGAAUCGGCAUGGCGGCGUACGUUAGGGACCGUGGCGGCGUAUCGGCGCAGGAUAAGGCUGUACCGGCUGCUCUGUUUUUGGGGGAUGGAUCAAGACGCGAUGGAUCGCAGAUCGGGAUCGGAUUGAGGGUGAGCAGUAAAUCGCCGGAGGAAUCAUCGGAGGAUAGUUCAUCGUCGAUCGGAGAGAGCAGUGAAAACGAGGAGGAGGAGGAGGAAGACGAUGCCGUUUCGUUCCAAGGAGGAGGAGGAGCUCUUGAUUCGUUCAGUUCCUCGUUGGAAGACUCUCUGCCGAUUAAGAGAGGAUUAUCAAACCAUUACGUGGGGAAAUCGAAAUCGUUUGGGAAUUUAAUGGAAGCGAGCAACAGCAACGUCAAGGAUCUGGAGAAGGGAGAGAAUCCAUUCAACAAGAGGAGGAGGUUGCUUAUUGCUAAUAAGCUAAGGAGGAGAGGAAGGUCUUUAUCAGCUUCGAAUUUCUACACUUGGCAAAACCCUAAUUCCACGCCUUUACUUGCACUCCAAGAAGAGGAUCACAGCGGUGAUGACUAUGAGGAGGGUGGUGAUGGUGAUGAUCAAACAAUGAAUUUGUUGGAGAGGAGGAAGGUCAUGAUGAUGAUGAAGAAUAAGAGAGAUCUGAUGGCUCAGACUCGAAGCUGUUUCUGUCUAAGUAGUUUGCAAGAGGAAGAUGAUGAUGAUGAUGACGAUGAUGGUGGUGGUGAUGAAGAGUGA